AUGAAUCCAUUAUUGACUGUUCUCGUCAUUUUCUUUGCUCAUAUUUUGUCGGAGAUAAGAGGGCAGACAUGCCCCACCCAAGACAUCUCACCCUGCAAGUGCGCUGAAGAUGCAUAUCGUCGUGCGACAGUGGAUUGUUCAAGUGCCAGCUCUAGUGCUGAGAUUUCCUCAGCACUGACGAACACCUCAUUGCCUCCUUCACAACUCUGGAGAUUCUACAUUCAAAACAAUGCAGCAGUAUUGGAGCUAACAGAAGGAACCUUCCAGAGACUUACAUUCGAGUUUAUACAAAUUUAUGGGAGUGCAGUUAAGAACAUCCAUCCAUUAGCCCUAGUACCUUUACAAGGUCGCCUCGAGGUUUUCGUGAUUUCUCACUGUCCCCUGGAGGAUUUUCCCUUUUACGAUCUUAGUGAAUUCCACCGCUUGAAAGAACUGCAUCUCUUCAAUAAUUUGUUGACCUCUGUCCCGGCCUUCAUGAGCAAGAGCCUAGAAAUACUCUUUCUUCACAACAAUAAGAUCAUGAGUGUGGAGUUCGACAGAUGGGCGACUCCCAAUUUGAAAGUACUCCAACUCCACAACAAUUUGUUGACGUCUAUCCCGGCCAUCAGGAGCGACAGCCUGGAGUUACUGAGUCUUAAUGACAAUAAGAUCACUAGUCUGAAGUUCGACGAAUGGGCGACUCCCAAUUUGAAACAACUCUUCCUCAGCAACAUUUCGUUGACCUCUGUCCCGGCAUUUAAGAGCGACAGCAUAGAAAAUCUCAUCCUCUGUACCAAUAAGUUCACGAGCGUGAAGUUCGAGGAAUGGGCUACUCCCAGACUGAAAGUACUCAAGCUCUGCAACAUGUCGUUGACCCAUGUCCCGGCUCUCAAGAGCGACAGCAUCGAAAGUCUCGACCUCGGUUACAAUAAGAUCACGAGUGUGGAGUUCGACGGAUGGGCGACCCCCAGAUUGAAACAACUCUUGGUCAACGACAAUUUGUUGAUCUCUGUCCCGGCCUUCAGAAGCGACACACUGGAAAUACUCCGUCUUAACAACAACAACAUCACGAGUGUGGAGUUCGAUGGAUGGGCGACUCCCAAUUUGCGGGUAUUCGACAUUGUUAAGAACAUCCAUCCAUUAGCCCUAGUACCUUUACAAGGUCGCCUCGAGGUUUUCGUGAUUUCUCACUGUCCCCUGGAGGAUUUUCCCUUUUACAAUCUUAGUGAAUUCCACCGCUUGAAAGAACUGCAUCUCUUCAAUAAUUUGUUGACCUCUGUCCCGGCCUUUAUGAGCAAGAGCCUAGAAAUACUCUUUCUUCACAACAAUAAGAUCAUGAGUGUGGAGUUCGACAGAUGGACGACUCCCAAUUUGAAAGUACUCCAACUCCACAACAAUUUGUUGACGUCUAUCCCGGCCAUCAGGAGCGACAGCCUGGAGUUACUGAGUCUUAAUGACAAUAAGAUCACUAGUCUGGAGUUCGACGAAUGGGCGACUCCCAAUUUGAAACAACUCUUCCUCAGCAACAUUUCGUUGACCUCUGUCCCGGCAUUUAAGAGCGACAGCAUAGAAAAUCUCACCCUCUGUACCAAUAAGUUCACGAGCGUGAAGUUCGAGGAAUGGGCUACUCCCAGAUACUUUCAUGAGUUCGAGACGUUGUACAGCAACUGGUGCUCACACCUCAAGCUGCCUACCCGCUGGGGCAGAUUGAAACAACUCUUGGUCAAUGACAAUUUGUUGAUCUCUGUCCCGGCCUUCAGAAGCGACACACUGGAAAUACUCCGUCUUAACAACAACAACAUCACGAGUGUGGAGUUCGAUGGAUGGGCGACUCCCAAUUUGCGGGUAUUCGACAUUGGUAACAAUCCCCUGUUGAAGUUUCCAUCCGGAAUAGUCGAUGGCAUGACGAAACUGGAGGAGUUUUGGUGCCAAGGAGGCACCCUCGGUCCCACCCUUUCGAGCGGUUUCCUGGAAUUCCAUAGCAAGGCCUUGAAACUGGUCGUCCUCCAGAACAAUGGCAUAUCCAGAGUGGAGCCAGGAGCCAUCAAAGGUCUCCGCCAUGAUACGAAGGUUCUUCUCGGCGAAAACAAAAUAGAUGUGUUGUCCGAAGGAAGCUUCCGCCCGAUGUUGGCCAUCCUCUCUAUAGGAGAUGGAGUCCUCGAUCUGAGCGGCAAUCCCAUCCCGUGUGAUUGUGAAAUGUGGUGGCUCGUGCUCGCCCGGAAAUUGCUACGGCACGUUUCUGGGAAGUGCCACAACGGAACGGAAUUAAGGGACGUGGAUUCGGGUAACAAUCCCCUGUUGAAGUUUCCAUCCGGAAUAGUCGACGGCAUGACGAAACUGGAGGAGUUUUGGUGCCAAGGAGGCACCCUCGGUCCCACCCUUUCGAGCGGUUUCCUGGAAUUCCAUAGCAAGGCCUUGAAACUGGUCGUCCUCCAGAACAACGGCAUAUCCAGAGUGGAGCCAGGAGCCAUCAAAGGUCUCCGACAUGAUACGAAGGUUCUUCUCGACGAAAACAAAAUAGAUGUGUUGUCCGAAGAAAGCUUCCGCCCGAUGUUGGCCAUCCUCUCUAUAGGAGAUGGAGUCCUCGAUCUGAGCGGCAAUCCCAUCCCGUGUGAUUGUGAAAUGUCCACCGAGCACGAGCGGGCCUUUAACGAUGCCGUGCAAAGACCCUUCACGGUGUUGCCUUGCCUUAAUUCCCUGCACCUAAGCCCAAGGAAGCUAAGGACAGUAGCGCUUACGGGCAUGGUCACGCAGAACGGCUCGUGGUCAUCUCUCUGCGAGCCGGGGACUGUGACGCUUUCACACGUGGGCGAUUGUCGAUCCGGGGAACUGUGCUGCCAGCCAAACGUCCAAAAUACUACUACGAUGACAUCGGCUCUAAAUACAUUCUUUGUGUGCGGGAGGAAGAAUUACCGAACGACAUCGUCUAACGGAGGAAAGCCAUCAGAGAUAGAAGAAUGGCCAUGGCAGGCAGCCAUUUAUGACGUUAAAGCACAAGAUUUCGUCUGUGGAGGGGCCCUCAUCCAAGAACAAUGGGUGCUCACAGCGGCCCAUUGUGUCCGCCCCGGCAUUCCAUUUCUGUCAGAUCCCAAAACAGACUUCGUGGUUCACCUUGGGAAACACCAUCGAGCUGAUACCGAAGACGAUGAAUACGUGCAGAUCAGACAGGUGUCUCACAUAUUCCAACACAAGGACUACAGCAAAGAAAACUACGACUCAGAUAUUGCUCUACUGAAAUUAGCAAAGCCUUCCGUGCUGACUGAGCGAGUGCAGUUGAUAUGUCUCCCGACCAAAUAUGAUGUUUCUGACGAAAAUCUCCAGGAUGGAAUGCUAGGAUGGGUUGCCGGUUGGGGCAAUGACGGUUCGGAUCUUCAAACGGCUGUCCUGACAGAGGUUCAGCUCCCGGUGAUAUCUAAUCGCUUGUGUCGUCGAGACACCACAAACUUCACUGGGGAUUUCACCGCCACUCGUACCCUCACCUCUAACAUGUUCUGCGCUGGACACUCUACAAACACAUCUCUUGAAGAUUAUCGAACGGUGUGUCCUGGGGACUCGGGAAGUCCUAUGGUCUUCCUAUCCAAUGCCUCCCAUGACAGUUACUGGACGGUGGAAGGAAUCGUGAGUCACUUUUUCCAGAAAGAGACUUGUAAUCUUAGACGCCCUGGACAGUAUGGAGUUUUCACCAGAGUUAAUAGGUUCACCCGAUGGAUCAACGAGGUUUUACCAGACUUCUGAUGAGUGAGACACGACAUGACUGAAAGCAGUCACGCCCGUGAGAAACCGAUGUCUGUAUGUUUUCACUUGUAUGCAAUGUAAUCCAAGGGUUUUCAUAAAAUGCGAGGC